AUGGUGCAUGGACCUUGUGGAGAUCAAAAUAUAACAUCACCAUGUAUGAAAAACAGUAUUUGUUCAAAAAAAUACCCUUGGCAUUUCAUCAACAAUACCCAGACUGGAGAGGAUGGGUAUCCAGUAUAUCAUCGCCGUGACACUGAAAAUGGAGGUCGGAAUACUACCUUGAACAUCAGAGGAAGAACGGUUACUAUAGACAAUAGGUGGAUUGUCCCGUAUUCCGCAAUAUUGUGUCGAUCAUUUAACAUCCACAUUAACGUGGAAUACUGCCAUUCAGUUCAGGCAAUCAAAUAUAUAUGUAAAUAUAUAAAUAAAGGAUCGGACCAAGCUACUUUCAGCAUCAGAAAUCCGCAUGACAAAGUAGAAAACUAUUUAAAUGGCCAGUACAUAAGUACAUCAGAAUCUGUUUGGAGAAUAUUAGAAUUUCCGAUCCACAACCGGUAUCCUACUGUCGUGCAUUUGGCCGUACACUUAGAAAACUGUCAAAGGGUGUACUUCAUGGCAGGAAUGGCACAACAACUUGCCCAAAACCCACGCAAAACCACUUUGAGCUCUGCAACACGGACAAAUUUGCAAAAACUCUAUUGUACCACAAAGUCCCAUCCUAUCAUACGUGGGCUAAUAACAAAUUUUCAAGAAGAAGGCGUGGUCAAAAUGUUGAUGGGCAUCCAGGCAUAAAGAAAGACAUUGCUUCGGGAAGAAUACAUGGCGUACAUCCUUCUCAAUCUGAGUGUUUUUAUCUUAGAAUGUUACUGCAUCAUGUACGUGGUCCAACCUCAUUCGAGGACUUAAAAACUGUAAAUGGAGUUGUCAAAGAAACAUAUCAAGCAGCUUGUGAAGAUAGAGGUUUGCUCGAAACUGAUGAUCAUUGGGAAAAUACUUUGAGAGAAGCUUCAAUUUUGCAAUGUCCAAUAAAGCUGAGGGAGUUGUUUGUAGUCAUUCUACUAGUUUGUCAGCCAUCUGAACCAUUAAAAUUGUGGGACAAGUUCAAAGAUUUUUGUGAAGACAACAGACAGAAUUCGACACCAAAAUCAGGAUUUUACUUUGCCUUUCAAUGACAAUAUGUACAACGAAGGUUUGAGACAAAUCGAUAAUAAGCUAUUGGAAUUGAAUGACAAAAGUUUAAGUGAUUUUGGAUUACCCUCUCCUUUUCGUUCAUGAAAUGAUGCGAUGGGUACAAUGCUGUUACGUCAGUACAAUGUCAGUGAGUUGAUAGAUUUUGUCAAUGAAAAUUUGCCAAAAUUAGUCACAGAUCGAUUACAGGCAUUUGAUACAAUAAUUGACAGUGUGAUGAAUAAUAGAGGCAAAAUAUUUUUUUGGACUCCCCAGGAGGCAUGGGAAAGACAUUCCUCACCAACUUAUUACUAGCACAAGUAAGGCAAUCUGGAAAAAUAGCCAUCGCAGUCACUUCUUCAGGGAUUACUGCUACUCUAUUGAGCGACGGGAAAACUGUACACUCCACAUUCAAACUCCCAUUAUCAGCAUCUCUGGAGCAACAAUCUGUAUGUUCCAUAUGCAAAAACAGGCCUCUUGGCAAAUUGUUACAGGAUGUGUCACUGAUAAUGUGCGACGAAUGCACCAUGAGUCACAGAGCCCAUGUUGAAGCUGUGGACUGAACAUUAAAGGACCUUAGAAACUCUGGCGCCAUUAUGGGGGAGUUACUUUUGUGUUUGCUGGUGAUUUUUGGCAGACACUCCCUGUAGUUACAAAAGGGACGUGUGCAGAUAUCAUCAAAGCAUGCCUUAAAUCAUCUUCCUUAUGCAGUUCCAUUCAAAACCUGAACUUGCGAACUAACACGAGGGCCUAUCUUAGCAGAGUCACACAUAACGACUUCCCACAACAACUACUCAAACUUAGGGAAGGAGUUUUUCCUUCUCCAAAUUUGAGCACUAACUGUGCUGACAUCUUUCUAAAUGAGAUACUAUGUUGGAUAGUCCAUAGUCUGCAGCAUCUUAUAGAUGCAGUAUAUUCUGGCCUCAAAAAUUUACUUGAAAGAGACUUUCAUUGGCUGUGUUCAAGGGCAAUAGUAUCGCCUAGGAACAACAUUGUCAAUGAAAUCAACAAUCUAAUUAUACAAAAAGUCCCCAGCCAAAUCAAAAACUAUAAGUCAAUUCACACAGUCACCAAUAUCAAGGAUGCAGUCCACUAUUCACAAGAAUUUUUAAAUUUGCUUAAUCCUUCUGGCUUGCCAUCUCACGAACUACCAUUAAAAGUCAGUACACCUAUUGUGAGGCCCCAGAAAUUGCCCCCACCCCAAAAGAAAAAUGUGUAAAAAUUUGUUAAUUUAAAUCGUCAAGAAAACAAAUUAUAUAAGCGUCGAAACGGCAACACCGGACUUUGAUGUCGAUGCUCAUAAAGAGUAGAAGGAAAAACAAAAUUUUAGAUAUAAAAGAAGAAAAUUUAAAAUAAUAAAGUUAAAACACAGUUCAGAAAGCAUAACAAAACUAAAAAAAAUAUCAAAAUGAUCAUAGAUGUCAUAGUCAACAAUUAAACGCGAUCAGAGUCUAAAAGAUGGUGUCCGAUAAACCAUCUCCAGCCGACCUUUCCUGCGAACUAUACGAAGCUCCAUUUACACCUGGAGACAGGUGGAAGACCAAUUAGAAAGCAAUGAUGUCUGUCCAAUUAGCAACAAGUCAAUCUCGAAAAACUUAUAAAAACACCGAUUCCAAGGACAACGGGACUUCCACUAAAGUCCCCUGUUGAGUACACCUGUGGUGUUCAUCAUCCUCUUCUUUGGUGCUUCCACUCGCUGCUAUCUUGUGACUGUUCAACUCUGAACUUUAACACGCCAUCGCCCCAGGGCUCCUCUCCAGCUUCACGGAAAGAAAAACAUCAGUCAUCCAAUCGAUAGGACCAAAGACAUCUUAAAGUUUUAAAUCGAAGGAUCUUUACCUGAAAAUAUGUAAGCAUUUUCGACAAGAAUAAAUGGUUUUUCUGUGAAAUACUUGUCUUUUGCUGUCUCUUAAAACCACCACCCACAUACACUUAGACCUUAGAGCUAUACCAACGGUAGGGAAUAAAAAUCUCCCCCCCAAUCGGCAUCCUUACACUAUCAUGCUUUUAAGAAAUUUAAGCCCUCCUAACAUGUGCAAUGGCACAAGGCUACUAAUUAAAGACUUAAAAGACAACUUAAUUGUGGCGACCAUCCUCACUGACCCUGCAGCCAGCCAGCUGGCAAACAUCCCAAGGAUUCCAAUGAUUCCCACAGACUUUCCGAUAUCUUUCAAACGACUGCAAUUUCCUGUGAAAACAUCGAUUGCGAUGACUAUUAAUAGGUCCCAGGGGCAAACCUUCUCUUUGGUUGGAAUUGACCUACGAAAAGAGUUUUUUUCAUUGCCAACUAUAUGUUGCUUUAUCAUGAGUUGGAACUCCAGAGAAACAGUACAUUUUGCUACCAAAAA